GCAACCUUUCGUUGACUUGUGUUCAUUCAGUCCCUCCUCUACACACUAUUUCGUAACGUUGCGUUGCGGUUGCUAACAGUCGCCGCUCGCGAGUUGACCGCUAUACAACUAUCAAAAUGGAGAUUAAAUGUACUCUAGUUGUUUUGGUGGUAUCAAUUUGUUUAGUGAAUAUCGCGGUUGCGAAGCCAAGAACGACUGAAAGACAAGAUGUAGUGAUACCGGUAGACCAGUCAGUUGUAGCAAGUUUACCAGAGAAGACUACGACCAAGCCACCUGUAGCAGAAACCAAGGUUCCUGUCCCUGCCCGUAUACCCUGUCAAUACGACGACCCAACAGAAGAAUCCGUCUGCCAAGAGCACUGCAUGCCUAAAGGAUACUCAUACGGACUUUGCGUCGGAUACACUUGCAGUUGCAUUUAAACGGGAAAUAAAACAUGGCCGCGAUGAUGCAGAGUGGUGCAACGGCAGGGCAAGCACAUGAUGCACGCGACAUGACAUGAUUUUAUGUCAUGAUUACAAUGAGAAACUAUUGCGUGUGAACCAUGUGCCCUGCUGAUGCAAUAGGUACACACGAGGAAUUAAUAGACUUUCAAUGAAUGUUCGCGGAAACAAAAGAAUAGGUUGGUUUAACUACCUUUGUGAUUCAUUGCGUUUAGCAAGUUGAUACAAUAAAUUUACAUAAGACUGUA